UUUCUAUUGCUCUAAAGUUCCGAACAGUUCGCUAACUCCAGUUUAAAGACCAUGCCUGAAUGUCGAAGGGGCACUGGAGGAUAAGGGAGUUAUCGAAACAACCGCAAGAGGCGUGAUGAUUUCCAAAUAUAACGUGCAUUUCUUAAUUCAUUGGUGUCAGUGUAGACCAGAUAUUUCUACUUGCUAAAGAGAAGUGUUAUUAAACAUUGCUUUCUCCGUGCUUGGAGGUUGACAAGCUACGUAUUUGAUUAACUCCGUCCGGGUUAUUCUAUUUGAAGUUUCGAAUUAUCCGUUCGAGAAAUGAAUUUAAUAUAUUUCGACCGCUUUUCAUUGCAAACUGUCGGGUGGCCUUCCGGACGGAGCGGAGACUCCAGCUGAGCGCAGUAGCGCUGUCAUGCUGCCCAAAGUCGAGACGGAAUCACUGGGACUCGCUCGAUCGCAUGGGGAACAGGGGCACAUGCCUGGAAACAUGCAAGCCCCACAGUUUAAAAUGAUGGACUACACCUACGACGAAGACCUGGAUGAGAUGUGUCCUGUGUGUGGAGACAAGGUUUCUGGAUACCACUAUGGGCUGCUGACCUGUGAGAGCUGCAAGGGCUUCUUCAAGCGAACGGUUCAGAACAACAAAAGGUACACAUGUAUAGAGAACCAGAGCUGUCAGAUCGACAAGACGCAGAGGAAGCGCUGUCCCUACUGCCGCUUUCAGAAGUGCCUCACGGUCGGCAUGAAACUGGAAGCUGUGAGGGCGGAUCGCAUGCGAGGGGGCCGCAACAAGUUUGGGCCCAUGUACAAGCGCGACCGGGCCCUCAAGCAGCAGAAGAAGGCGCUGAUCCGGGCGAACGGACUCAAAAUCGAAGCCAUGACUCAGGUGAUGCAGAGCGUGCCCACGGACCUGACGAUAUCUUCGGCCAUCCAGAACAUCCACUCCGCCUCCAAGGGCCUACCUCUAAGCCACGCUGCCUUGCCCCCCUCAGACUACGACCGUAGCCCCUUCGUCACCUCUCCCAUCAGCAUGGCCAUGCCCACGCACGGGGGCCUGCAGAGCUACCAGGCCUACAGCCACUUUCAGAGCCGCACCAUCAAGUCCGAGUACCCCGACCCCUACACCAGCUCCCCCGAGUCCCUCAUGGGCUACCCCUACAUGGACGCGUACCAGACCAGCUCCCCGCACGGCUUCCCCCACCUCAUCGUGGAACUGUUGAAGUGUGAGCCCGACGAGCCCCAGGUGCAGGCCAAGAUCCUGGCCUACCUGCAGCAGGAGCAGGCCAGCCGGGGGAAGCACGAGAAGCUCAACACCUUUGGUCUUAUGUGCAAAAUGGCCGACCAGACCUUGUUUUCCAUCGUCGAGUGGGCGAGGAGCAGCAUAUUCUUCAGAGAGCUGAAGGUUGACGACCAAAUGAAGCUUCUUCAGAACUGCUGGAGUGAGCUCUUAAUUCUUGAUCAUAUUUUCCGACAAGUGGUGCACACAAAAGAGGGCUCCAUCCUUCUGGUUACCGGUCAACAGGUGGAUUACGCGGUGAUCGCCUCCCAGGCCGGGGCCACACUGAACAACCUCAUGAGCCACGCACAGGACCUGGUGGGGAAGCUGCGCUCCUUGCAGUUCGACCAGAGGGAGUUCGUCUGCCUCAAGUUCCUGGUUCUCUUCAGCCUGGACGUGAAGAACCUGGAGAACUUCCACCUGGUGGAGAGCGUCCAGGAGCAGGUGAACGCGUCGCUGCUGGACUACACCAUGUGCAGCUACCCCCAGCAGACGGACAAGUUCGGCCAGCUCCUGCUCCGGCUGCCUGAGAUCCGCGCCCUCAGCAUGCAGGCAGAGGAGUACCUGUACUACAAGCACCUGAACGGGGACGUUCCCUGCAACAACCUACUCAUUGAGAUGCUGCACGCCAAGCGCGCCUGAGUCCCCACGUCCGCCAUCCACAUCCGCGCCUCCGCCCGCCCCCAAAACCUCUCACUACCCCACGCCACGCCGAUUUCUUCAUCUCGCCAACCCCCACCCUUAGCCAGACACUCAGACAUCCACCGGGCUGUGUCAACCAGCGAAUGUGGAUCAAUCAGACCGAAAAACAAACGACGUCGAACUGACACGAAAGAGACUUUCUUCGGUUGUUCCUUUUUUUCAAAAUGGCGGUCGUUGUGAUGCGACGAGACUUGUAGACCGUAAUGAACAAACAAUAACCGAGGAGGAGAACUGUGCACUUAAUAGAGGAGACUACGGCUGGAGAGAAGAGAUCAGUCCUCGCACUGCUUUUAUGUGCUCCUUCCGUUGGUGAGAUGCAAGUUGGCUAAAAGUGGAGUUCAUAUUGAUUCGGAGGCGAUUGUCAGUGUUGGUACUCUUUGAGAUAGAAGUGCUGAAGGUUUUCCCAUUGUUGGGUCCUAAGGCACAAAAGAGCGCAAAACACUGUAACGAACAUGAAGGAUGGACGGGGAACGGUAUGAUGUCCUGUCUGUACUUCUGCCCAAAAAGAGACUUGUUUCUAGCCUCUCACCAAAAAAAAAGAAAAAAGAAAAACGUAAAUACGAAAUCAUUUACUUUAAAAAGGCAGUAAUUUCAUCCUCUUUGUCAUUCUGAGGUGCCACUUUGUCUAAGAAAAACUGCUCAUGAUUUAGUUCAUACUGUAUGAUAUUGAAGUUUUUACCGAAAGUAAGUUAUUGUUUGCGGUUACAUUUUAAAGCAUGUGGAAGAAGGGAAUGCCCAUCAACCUGUAAAAAUAGAGCCAUGAAUUUGUUCCAAAUUUGUCCUAUUAUAUAUAAUGUACACAGAUAUUGAUACUGAACAAAGAGGGGUCCCUGGGUGACAGGAGGGAGAAAUUAUGCCUCUGUCAGUAAUAGACCAAAGCCUGCUGCAGAACAAAGUGUGGUGAUAAAAAACUUUAAUAUCAGUAUUAUGAAUUCGUGAUGUCACAGUUAUGUGAGUCUUGCCUUAUUUCAUUACCAUGCUAGCUAACCGUGCAGAUGUGAAUUAAAAUAUGUAAAAAAAAAUAUAAAGUAUUAAUGUUGUAAAAUUAAAAAAAAGAAAUACAAAAGGUGUUUACAUUUAUUAGGUCCUGUGGGAGAGAACUGUGAUGAAGUAAAUUGCAAAGCAAUGAUUUUCUUAAAAUAUUCCUGGUUUGCGUUCUUUGGUGUGUACAGUACAUUUUCUUUUGACCAGUACUUAAUUAUGUCGUGAGACACUAAAAUCAAAAAGGAAUCUCACUUAAAUUAGAUUUUUUUGCUGUUUCUGUUGGCCUAAAGAUCACUUCUGCAUAUUGAACAAUGGUCUUUAUUUCAGUUUCUGCCACUUUGUAGAACUUCUUGUUUUUUAAUGUUCUACUUUCUUUGUAUAUCACUGGUGCCGCUCAAAAAAAUGAAGUUAAUUUAUUGCUUCUUGGUUUCUUCCUUGCAUUUGCUAUAAGCAAGGAGUGUCAUAGCCAAAUAUAUUUGUUUACUGUAGCAUGUUUAAAAAAUGGUGUUGAAAUGCAGUUCAGGGACAAAAAUGAUGAUCUUAAAAUGAACACACUCAUCUUGAUUAAAUGUCUAUGGAACUCACAGCUGUAAAAGUUUAAAAAAAUGAUUUUAUUUAAGUUUGUGGAUGUGACUGGUAGUUUCAUCGCUUUUCUACAUUGAAUUUGAACACGUUUUAAUUAUGACAUUUAAAAUGUAUCAUGUACAUUGUUUAUUCUAUACCAAAGAGUGCAUCUGUCAUGUUUAAUGUCAUGAUAAAUGAGUAACAGCUAAUAUCAUCAAUGAGUAGCACACUCGUUUCCAAAAGAACAAGGUCUUUCUUUCAUGGUCACGUUAAGGUUAUCUGCAUUCCUAACUGUCAGCUUGUGAAUUCUAUAAUUGUCUUAUAUAACAUUGUGAAAUGUUACAAUAUGCAUCAGCAAAGGUGGAGAAACCUGUAGAAAAGAGUGUUCUGCCUGUUUUAUUUUCUUCUAGUCACAUCAUUGCUUUGACCAAACAUCUUUCGAUGCAGUGUUCACUAGCAUGUCCAAUAACUAGAAGCCCAUCCUGCCCACCAUAAUGUAAUCAUUAUGACUAUGUAAUGUAGGUGCUCAAGACCAUGUUUUACACAAGCAAGGCCCACUUCACAUGUUGUCUGAACACUUAUCUGUUCACAUUUGUAUUUUUUACAUUGACUACCUGGCCUUUCUUGUGUUUAAAGUGUUACUAUAGGUCAUUAGAAGUAGAACUUUCCAUUCACUCAAAUUCACUCUGAGCAGGAUUUUAAUUAUUGUUAGUGUUGUUGUUACUUUUAAUACUGUACGAGCGAAAAAGAAAAGAUCCCUUUCUGCAAAAACCUUUGGCUUUGGCUGAUCCAUUCCUGUGACUUCAUUUUCUCCUACUGUGUGUGAAGAGACAAUCUGUACCGUCCC